CCCCUAUCUUCCCUCCCAUUUCCUCCUCCUUCCAAUUCUACUCAUAUACUCUUCCAUCCUAACGCUCUGAUUCUUCGGAAAAUGCGUUAGGAGUUUUCUUCGUCUCUACAGAUAACGAUAGCCCUUUAAGCCUAAGAAUAUAUACUAGUUUUAUAAAAACAUUUGCCGAAAUAUAUGGCGUCACCAGAGAACUUGGCCAGUAUCGAGCCCUGGACCUUCCGUCAAGCCUUUGCCGACUCCUGGAUCUCCGAAUCUUUUGCCCGAGAUACCGAGACCCUGACUAAGGCUCUCCAGAGGUCGCUAUCGGGAGUCAACCCUGACGCUUUUUCAACCGAUGCCAUCUCUCCUUUUCUCAACCUCGUCAAGUCCGACACCACACCCACCACCCCCACCGUUUCGGGUCUCUCCGGCGGCUCCGACCCCGACACGGCGCCCAAACGCCAGAGAAGCGCGAACCUGUCGGCCGGAGGGAAGGUCACGAAGCGGAAGUCGCGCGCUUCGAAGCGGUCCCAGACGACCUUCAUCACGGCGGACCCGUCCAACUUCCGCCAGAUGGUGCAGCAGGUGACGGGAGUGAGAUUCGGAAACUCGCCGGUGCCGGUGGUGCCGAUCCUGAAGCCGGAGCCGCAGAGACCCGGCAGCCGGUUGGUAGGCGGUGGGUGCUUGCCGACCCUGGACACGUCGGCGUUUCUGCUGGACCAUCACCAACAGCAGGUGGUGGGACCCAACUCGGCGGCUGGAGCUGUGACUGGGGUUUCUGGGCCCGGCCCUCUCUCCUUUGGGCCCAACAUGGGUUUAGCCGAUGGUGGCGGAUUCGAUUUUGACACUUUUCCCAGCUUUCCCACCUUAGAGUCGUGGAAGGUCAUGUGAUACUUAAUUUGCAGGAUAUAUUUUCUUUUUUUUUCUUUUUUUUAUGCUUAUUUUUCUUUUAAUCUUUUGGGACCCAGUACUGACAGCGUAGUAUUUGGUGGGGUGGAUCUGUUUAUAAUUUUGUUGGAUAGUUUGUUUCGGUCAUUAGAUGUUUGUAGUGGUGAUCUGGUAUGUGGUUUUUAUGGAUGCCUCCUUAUUGUUCAUUAUAAAAUAUUUAUCCUUUCUAAUCUACAA